AUGACUUUAAUUUAUUUUAUUAUUUCAGCUACUACUUCAAUAUUUAGUAGAUUAUUUAAUAAUAGUAAAGGGAUUAUAUUAAUAUCGAGUAUAUUAAUUGUAUUACCUACGAUUUAUGAUUGAGCUGAAUUAGAUAUUUAUUAUACAUCUGAUGGUAUAGCUGACAUAUUUAUAUUAUUAACUGCAUAUUUAUUACCAUUAUCUAUUAUAUCAAAUUGAAAUAGUAUUAAUGUUAAAUUAUACUAUGAAUUAAUACUUAAUUUAGGUAUUAUAUUAUUAAUUAAUUUUAUGUGUCAAGAUAUGUUAUCUUUCUAUAUUUAUUUUGAAGCUUCUUUAGCUCCUUUAUUUAUAUUAAUUGGUUUAUAUGGUGCUAGUAAUAGAGAAAAAGCUGCUGAUUAUAUUUUAAUAUAUACUUUAUUAUCUUCAUUAUUUAUGUUAGUAGCUAUAGCUUUAUAUGAAGUUUUAUUAGGUAAUACUGAUUAUCAAGCUGUUAGUUUAGUUUUAUUAUCUAUUGAUUUACAAUCUAUAUUAUUUAUUGCUAUUUCUAUAGGUAUUAUGGUAAAAACACCAUUAGUACCAGUACAUACAUGAUUACCAGUAGUUCAUUCAGAAAGUCCUUUAGCUGGUUCAAUGCUAUUGGCUGGUGUUAUACUUAAAUUAGCUGUAUAUGCUAUAAUACGUUUAUUAUUACCUACUUUAUCAGAUGCUGUAGUAUUAUAUACUCCAAUAGUCUAUAUGAUAUGUUUAAUAACUAUAAUAUAUACUAGUAUAAUUACAUUAAGACAAACUGAUUUAAAAGUUAUAAUUGCCUAUAGUUCUAUUUCACAUAUGGCUGUAUGUAUAUUAGGUAUAAUGUCUAAUACAGUUAUAGGAAUUAAUGGAAGUUUAAUACUUUGUAUAGCUCAUGGUUUUGUUUCACCUGCUUUAUUUAUUAUUGUAGGAGGUAUACUAUAUGAUAGAUAUCAUAAUCGUCUUGUAUAUUAUUAUCAAGGUUUAUUAAAUUAUAUGCCAAUAUUAUCUAUAUAUUUAAUAUUAUUAAGUUUUUGUAAUGUAGGAACUCCUUUAAGUGUUAACUUUAUAGGUGAAUUAUUAUCAUUAUCAGGUGCAAUUAAUAGAGUACCUUUAUUAGGUAGUAUAUGUUUAAUAUCAGUAUUAUUAUCAGCUUCAUAUAUGUUAAAAUUAACUAAUAGAUUAACUGGAGGUAUUAAAACACCUUAUGUAUCUUUAACUAGUGAUUGUACAUAUAGAGAACAAUUCUUAUUAAUAUCAUUAAUAAUACCAACUAUAUGAUACGGUAUAUAUCCAAAUGGUAUAAUAAAUAUGAUAUGAUCAAUACCUAAAUUAUUAUAUAUAUUCUAUAUACAUAAUAUAUAUCUGUACUUUGAAAGUAUAUAUAUAUAA